AUGGCCGCUGUAUAUGACUUUGUCAUCAUUGGUGGCGGUACGGCUGGCCUGGUUGUUGCUUCUCGACUCAGCGAGGACCCCAACACUUCUGUCCUGGUUCUCGAAGCAGGCGCCGACUUGACAGCAGAUCCCCGCGUUAACAUUCCCAUCUUCUAUGCCGCACUGCUUGGAUCCGACGCCGAUUGGAAGUUCAAAUCUUCCCCUCAGCCAGGCCUCAACGGCAGAGUGCUUGGUCUUAACCAGGGCAAGACACUCGGAGGAUCCAGUUCAUUGAAUGCACACGUUUUUGUUCCUCCUUUCAAGGGAGUCAUUGACUCAUGGGAGGCACUCGGUAACCUCGGAUGGAAUUGGACCAUGCUAAGGGAUUAUUUCUCCAAGGCCUAUAGCAGUCCGACUGUGACACAGGAUGCCAAAGAAGGUCUAGCAAUUGAGGGCUGGCCUGAAUUGAACGAAGCGAAAGGCCCGAUCCAAACAUCUUUUGGCAAUGAGGCACAUCCUAUUCGCAAGGCAUGGGCCGAACUGUUUCGUAACAAUGGGCAAUACAACGCCGGGGAUCCGUUCAUCCACAGCUCUGUAGGAUCAUUCAGUUGCCUUGCUAGUAUCGACUCGGAGGGCAAGAGAAGCAACUCCACCUCGGCCUACUAUAAGCCUGUUGAGCUUCGACAUAAUCUUCACGUUCUUACGAACUCAUUGGUUGAGAAAAUUCUGUUUGACGAAAGCAAGCCUCCCAGAGCUAUUGGAGUCCAAUACAGUCACGAUGGUGUUUCAAAGACUUUUCAGGCAAGGAAUGAAGUUAUACUUGCUGCUGGCGCUUUUCAAUCUCCCAAAAUUCUCCAACUUUCAGGAGUCGGUGGAGCAGAACUUCUUGAGAAGCAUGGCAUCGAUAUUGUCAUGGACCUUCCUGGAGUUGGGCAGAAUCUUCAGGAUCAUAUGAUCUCGUACACCGCAUUCCAAGCAAAGCCUGAGAUCGAGACUAAGGACUCUCUGGUCAGACAAGAGCCUGAAGCCAUCGGUCAGGCAAUGCAGGAAUACGCUGCCACGGGAUCUGGGCCCCUAGCUUCCCUCGGGGUUUACACCUACGCCUAUUUGUCUCUUCCUGACCCUGACAGAACUGCGUACCUGGCCGCGUUAGGGCAGACGAAUUAUUCCAAAGACCUGAAUGAUGGGACUAUUCCAGCUGCUUCGCCUGGAAAGUUCAUUACGCUUGGAGUUAUGCUCUCUCAACCCCUUUCCCGCGGAAGCGUUUAUAUUACUUCCAACAACCCCGAAACCCCUCCAAUGAUUGAUCCUGGUUACCUGUCAAACCCUCUCGAUCUGGAAGUCAUAGCACGGCACUUGCUCGGUGUCAAGAACUUAGCAGAGUCACCUCAGCUUGGCGAGCUUCUCGAACAGCCACUGAAGUUCCGUGACCCGGCUGCAGACUUCCAGGGAGACUUAGAUGCCGCAAAGAAGUAUGCUCGGGAUAAUUUGGUCUCUAUGUGGCACUUUGUGGGGACCUGUUCCAUGCUGCCUCGUGAAAAGGACGGAGUAGUGGAUUCCAGUUUAAAGGUCUAUGGUAUCGAAGGACUGAGGGUCGUGGAUGCGAGUGCCAUCCCGCUUGUAAGCACGGCGAAUCUGCAAGCCACUGUGUACGCAUUCGCGGAAAGAGCAGCGGACCUCAUCAAGCAGGACUGGAAGAGUUACUUGCAAAAGAGAUGUGAAUGGAAAAUCCGCCUAAUCACCCACCAUUCUCGUAUCGUCGCGCAAACUCGCGGGUAA